UCAACAACAGCAGCAGUUCAUCUGCGUUCAUUCAUCAUGCUGACAACAACAUCGGAGCGAAGGGGGAAAGCACAACGACCACAAUGAGCAGGCUAGGAUUCAGAGAAAUGAAGAGGGCUUCCUGCACGUUUUGCACCAGAUUUCGGUCCUCUUUUUUGUUUGAAAGACUUCUAACGUCAUCUAGCAGUCAUGGUGUAAAGAUUGUUGAAGUUGGGCCCAGGGAUGGCUUGCAGAAUGAAAAGGAUAUCAUCAACACAGAGACAAAAAUUGAGUUUAUUAACAGACUGUCAGAUACUGGUUUGCAAACCAUUGAAAGCACAAGUUUUGUAUCACCCAAAUGGGUGCCACAGCUAGCAGACAGCAAGGAAGUGAUGACAAAAAUCGACAGAAGAAAUGGAAUAUCAUACCCAGUCUUGGUUCCCAAUAUGCAAGGUUUUCAACUUGCUCUCGCAACUGGAGUCAAAGAAAUAUCAAUUUUUGGAGCUGCUUCUGAAUCAUUUUCAAGGAAAAACAUUAACUGCUCAAUAGAAGAAAGCUUGGACAGAUUCAAACCGGUUUCUGAAGCUGCAAAGGAACAUGGGAUAAAGAUACGUGGUUAUGUGUCUUGCGUAGCUGGUUGCCCCUAUGAAGGAAAUAUUGAGCCAGCAGCUGUUGCCAAGGUUGCCAAAGCGAUGGCUGAACUUGGUUGCUAUGAAGUUUCCCUUGGCGAUACAAUCGGAGUAGGGACACCAGGAUCAAUCAAUGCGAUGCUGGAUGCUGUUUUGUGCGAAAUACCGGCUUCGCAAGUAGCGAUUCACUGCCAUGACACUUAUGGGCAGGCACUUGCCAACAUCCUUGCGUCGCUUCAGCGAGGAAUUCGGACUGUUGAUGCAUCAGUUGCUGGUCUUGGAGGCUGUCCGUAUGCCAAAGGUGCAUCUGGAAAUGUAGCCACUGAAGAUGUUGUUUACAUGUUAAAAGGCAUGGGGCUCAAGACGGGAGUGAGUUUGAAAAAGAUAGUUAAAGUUGGAUUGUGGAUUUCAAAUUUUUUGAAGAGACGACCGCAGUCAAAAGUUGCCAUUGCAUUAUCGCAAAAAUCUUGCGACGUUUGUUCUGGCAAAGCCGAAAUGAAAUGAAUCUUUAAAGACUGGUUUGAAUGUGAAAGUUUUUAAUCAGUCACGACGUAAUUAUUGUCACCUUUGUAAAAGUUUGUUUGCUUUCACAAUUGCAUUACAAGUAAAAUUAAUCCUAGUGUUAUAGUAACAAUCCUGCAAAUACAGUCAAGUGUGAAAACCGUGCUCCUUUUGUAAUAUUCUCAAUUUAUGCUCGGUGAUACAUUGGGAGUUUCUAAGUUUUGUUAAGGCAAUUAUUUAAAAAAACUACUAUUAUCACAAUAAUUUCAAGAUACAAAAGAAGUGUAGAAAGUAA